AUGAUAGCUGGGGCCAAGAAGGUGCCAGCAGCUCCGGCCAAGAAGUCAUCUCCCAAGCCAGCAACGGAACCCAAACCCUCCAAACCGAAGCCAAUCAAAAGGCCUGAGCCAAAAUCCAAACCGGAAUUAGUUCCAGUUCCUCAGCAGGAGAAAGCUGAGGUUCCAGAGACUUCAAAAGAAGAGGAGGUAAGGUCCAUUCCACAAGAGAAGGAAGUGAAGAAGGAGGAAAGUAUGGAAGUGACAGCUGGAAGCAGCAUUGUUGAAGACGAGGAGAAGGGAAAACCAAAACUGGAACCCCAGACCGAACCCAAAUCCCAAUCCCCCCUGGUCCCUGACCACUCCCUGACCCAUGGAUCCGAAUCAGCAGAAUUUGAUUUACACAAGGCAUGGAAAGCAGACCUGGAUAUGGUUAGCUGA